AUGAAUAAUAUAUAAGUAUUUCUUAAAGAAGGAGAAGGAAUCAUUGAAAUAAUGAUUAAGAGGAAAUUUAAAUAAUAUAAUGUUGAGAAAUAUAAAAGGAAAAAUUUGAAAUUUAAACAUUAGCAAGAAUUUGCAGUAAUUCGUUUUCGACUUGGGAAAUAGAAAAUAACGAUAUUGAAGAGAAGUGUAAUAGAUAUGUUUAUGACUUAAUUAUGAUGUGAAUAUAAAAUCAUCCUUGCACACAGGUAGGUGCUACGACAUUAUUACAAACUCCUCUGACACAAUUAGAACCUGAAAAACAGCAUACUCCAUUGCAACAAUAAUAUUGGCAAGCUUGGAAAGUUUAAACUUGAAGGAAACUAGGGGAAUCUGAUUAUCCACUUAAAACUUAAUCUUUAGGGAUUUCAAUUGCAUUAACCAUCAUUGAUGUAGCGAUAAGGCAUACCAAAAGGAAAGCUUUCAUUUAUUAUUUAUUUUAAUGUCCUUAUUUGAAAAUUCAAUUUCCUUAAAUAC